ACAAGGAUAAGGAGCGCCAUAGGGACCGUGACAGAGAUAGAGGAAGAGACAGAGAUCGGGGUCGGGACAGGGAUCUAGACAAGGAUCGGGACAGGGACAAGGAUCGGGAUCGUCACCAAAGGCAUCACCGUGACAAAAGGGAGCACCGAGACCGUCCUGAUGAUCACGAUCGUCACAGAAGCCGUGAUUCUGAAAGGAGAAGGGACCGCGAGAGAGAUGGACAUCGCAGGCAUCGCUCUCGUUCACGGUCUCGUUCAAGGGGCAGGGAUGAUCACAGAUCUCGAUCUCAUUCAAAAAGCAAGCGAGUCAGUGGAUUCGACCUGGGACCAACAGCACAAUCCGUACUUCCUCAGUUCCCUACCAUUCCAACCCCAAGCAAUCUUGGGUCACUUGCCCCACUGCCGCCGAUGGAUGCACAGCCUACUGUAGCUUUAAUGUACAAGGAGGAAUCAGUGCUCCGGUUUGAUAUCGUCUUGUCCAUCUUCAGCUAGCAAGUAUUACAGAUUGCUAGCUUCAUGACUAUUACAUUUAUCCUUCCACACUUGUUGUUUGUUCUUUGACAUGAAAUACUGCACAGCUGGAUCCAUUUGAGAUCCAGACUGAUGGUGAGAAGUAAUCAGGUUUACAAGAGGAAUACUCUUUUGUGCUAAUUGUUUAUGCUUCCUACUAGAAAUUUAUUGGUACAUUGCAGGUCAGUUACCGGGCUCUUCUAUUCCUGGAAUGUUCCCGAACAUGCUCCCUUUUGCUGUUGGACAGUUCAAUCCCCUCGUCAUGCAGCCACAAGCCAUGACUCAACAGCAUAUUUUUCCUCAGGCUACUCGGCAUGCUCGGCGUGUUUAUGUCGGUGGCCUUCCCCCAUCUGCUAAUGAACAGUCUGUUGCAAUAUACUUUAAUCAAGUCAUGGCUGCUAUUGGAGGAAACACUGCUGGUCCAGGUGAUGCUGUUCUUAAUGUGUACAUAAACCAUGACAAGAAAUUCGCUUUUGUGGAGAUGAGGUCUGUGGAGGAAGCAAGCAAUGCAAUGGCACUGGAUGGCAUUUUAUUUGAAGGUGCACCAGUGAAGGUUAGAAGACCAACAGACUAUAACCCUUCUCUGGCAGCUGCCCUGGGCCCAAGCCAGCCAAGCUCCAAUUUGAAUCUUGCUGCGGUUGGCCUAACACCAGGUUCAGCCGGAGGGUUAGAAGGCCCGGACCGUAUUUUUGUGGGUGGUCUCCCCUAUUACUUCACAGAGGCUCAAGUUCGGGAGCUGCUUGAAUCAUUUGGGCCUCUUCGAGGAUUUGAUCUUGUGAAAGAUAGGGAAACUGGUAACUCAAAGGGCUAUGCGUUCUGUGUCUACCAGGACCUCAAUGUCACUGACAUAGCCUGCGCUGCUCUAAAUGGUAUCAAGAUGGGAGACAAAACUCUUACGGUCAGACGAGCAAACCAGGGCUCAGCCCAACCUAGACCAGAGCAGGAAAAUAUCCUGUUGCAGGCACAGCAGCAGGUGCAGUUACAGAAACUUGUGUAUCAAGUUGGAGCGCUCCCUACAAAGGUUGUAUGCCUGACCCAGGUAGUUACUGCUGAUGAAUUAAAAGAUGAUGAAGAAUAUGAGGACAUUAUGGAGGACAUGAGGUUGGAAGCUGGGAAAUAUGGUAACUUGGUGAAAGUUGUCAUCCCGCGCCCUCAUCCGAGUGGAGAGCCAGUUUCUGGAGUUGGAAAGGUGUUCUUAGAGUAUGCAGAUGUUGAUGGUUCCACCAAAGCAAAGACGGCGAUGCACGGAAGGAAAUUCGGUGGAAACCCAGUUGUUGCGGUCUUCUACCCCGAGAACAAGUUUGCUGAUGAGGACUAUGACGCGGCAGCAUAAAUUAUCUCUUUUCCAAUGACAAUAGUGCUUUGUGUAGUUUGUUCGAUUUACAGCAACGUUUUCCCUUUAGUCAAGCUUUCCUGUAGCCCUGGAUUUAUGCAGAACCGCCAGUUAUUAAUAUUGGAAGAUAGAUUGCCUAAAGAUGAUC